CAGAGUGAAAAUAGGAACGAGAUGUCUCAAUCAUGGAUCUGCUUUCGCUUCAUUUUACCAUAUACGUGUAGCUACGAGGAUGUGGUGUGGCUAAUGAGCUUUUCCAUCUGUUCGUAUUACCCUCUUCCUCAUCUUCCAGCUAUUUGGUGCCUCGCUGGGCCUCACAACGGCCCCUUCCCUCCCUCCCUCUCUCUGUUUCUCUGUUCAAAGGAUCAUGACCCCCAUCCCCACUUAAAAAUAAUUAAACGUAAGGCGAAAAAACCAAGAAAAGGCCUCUUUCAAUGGAGAAAUUAUCUUGGGUAUACAGAAUGCGUUGUUUAAGUACUGCAACGUCCAUUCGUCUUGCACAAGACUUAUGAUUGAAUCUUAAAAUCCCCCUUGGAUUCAUACAGCAUCAGGAUUAUCAUUACAGGUGGAGAAACGACGGAAGAAUCAGUUAAUUUUAAAUUUUUGGGGGAGUGUAUUCUCGUUUGAUUUGCAUUUUGACAAACUGGGGACAAUAUAUGCAGUUGGGCGUUUGUUUGUUAAAGUCAACUCAAUGAUGGUUUGAGGACACCCAAUUAGGAAUAAUGAUUGGUACUAUCUGUAUUGAACUGAUGACAUCAGCAUCAGCUUCCAGGCAGUUCUAUAAAGACCGACUGGUUGCUGUUUGUUUCAUGAAUUGUAUGAGCUGAAUCUCGGGUUGACAUCAAGUCUGCUUGAUGGUUCUAGCUUUUAUUUCAACCUUGGUUUUGAUGGGCAUGUUCCAGGCAUAUGGGUGGUUAUGGCCCGUUCAGAGCAUGAAUUGAGGAAGCCUGGAACCCGAAAUAACAUGAAUUGAUGAUUCCUGAAACCAAAAUGCUAUCUCGAAGUGAUUCUGUGAGUAAAUGUGGUAAUCAGCUCCUGGGUGGUACAGGCAAAUGGAAUUUCAAAUGGUGGGUGAAAAAGCCUUCUGCUACUUCUAAAAAACAGAACCCAUCAAAGGUUGUUGGAGGGACAUGGCUGAAAAGGUUGUUGUUUCUCUGUGUAGUUGCUUCAAUCAUGGGCUCCCUCUGUAUAUUUCACUAUAUGAAUGCUGGGAUUGUUAAGCGUAGGGAAGAUUUGCUGAAAAGCAUGUGUGAUGAACGUACAAGGAUGCUGGUGGACCAGUUCAACGUGAGCAUGAACCAUAUACAUGCUUUGGCACUGCUAGUCUCUACUUUCCAUCUUCGGAAGCAGCCCUCCAGCAUUGAUCAGGAGACAUUUGCGAACUUCGCUGAACAAACAGCUUUUGAGAGACCACUGACCACUGGGGUUUCAUAUGCUCAAAGGGUUCUUCACUCAGAGAGAGAGCAGUUUGAGAAAGAGCAAGGUUGGCAAAUUUUAAAGAUGCCAAAAGAAUGUAACGAUUCACUUGACCCAUGUGAGAGUGAAUAUGAGAUCGCACCUGUUCAAGAUGAAUAUGCUCCAGUAAUAUUCUCUCAGAGAACUGUUCAAAAAAUUCAUAAGUGUGAUGUAAUGAGUGGUAAGGAGGAUCGGGAUAACGUCUUUCGAGCCAAAGAAUCUGGAAAGGGAGUUCUCACCCAUCCUUUCAAACUAGCAUCCGGAAAUCUUGGAGUUAUAUUGACUUUUCCUGUCUACAAAACCGAUGUGCCUCCUGAUGCUACACCUGAGGAGCGCAUUGAAGCAAUAGCAGGGUACUUAGGUGGAUCAUUUGAUGUAGAGCAAUUGGUGAUAUCUUUACUAGGACAACUUGCGGGAAAUCAGACCAUUGAGGUGAAUGUGUAUGAUACUACCGAUAAAUCAAACCCAAUCAAGAUGUAUGGAAAAAAUAUUACAGAAAAUGGACAAAAUAUUACACAAAAUGGACAAUCACAUGUCAGCGAACUUAAUUUUGGAGAUCCAAUGCGUAGACAUGAGAUGGUUUGCAGGUUUGCUGAGGAACCUCCCCUGCCAUGGUCAGCAAUUAUGAUGUCAUUUGGAGUACUUUUAAUUUCUAUGUUAUUUUUACAUAUAUUUGAUGCGGCAUUGAACCGCAUUGCUAAAGUCGAGGAAGACUUUCGUAAAAUGGAGGAAUUGAAAGUACGGGCUGAAGCAGCAGAUGUUGCCAAAUCACAGUUUCUAGCUACUGUUUCUCAUGAGAUAAGGACCCCCAUGAAUGGUGUUCUAGGAAUGUUGGGAUUGUUAAUGGAGACAGAAUUAGAUGCAACUCAAAAAGACUAUGCACGAACAGCCCAAACUAGUGGAGAUUCCCUAAUAACACUUAUAAAUGAAGUGCUUGAUCAGGCAAAAAUUGAGUCGGGCAGGUUAGAGCUGGAAGAAGUUCCUUUUCGUUUGCGAUCUAUUUUGGAUGAUGUUCUUUCUCUAUUCUCUGGAAAAUCUCAAGAAAAGGGCAUUGAGCUUGCAGUAUUUGUUUCCAACCAGGUGCCAGAGAUUCUCAUUGGUGAUCCUGUGCGAUUCCGACAAAUUGUAACAAAUUUGGUUUCAAACUCAAUCAAAUUCACAGAACGUGGUCAUAUCUUUGUUUGUGUGCACCUUGUGGAACAACUCAAAUUGGUCGAAGUUAAUUCUGAAGCAUCAAAAAGGUACACAGAAAUAGUUAAAAAUGGUUCUAAGAACUUAUGGGAUACUUUGAGUGGGUAUGAGACAGCUGAUGGAAGGAACAGAUGGGAAAAUCUAAAGUUGCUGCAAUCUGAUGAAACCCAUGAGCUUCCCGAGGCAUCUUCACAAACAUCUGAGGCUAUAAAUUUAUGUGUCAGUGUUGAGGAUACAGGCGUGGGAAUUCCUUUGAAGGCACAAGAGCGUGUAUUCAUACCCUUUAUGCAAGCUGAUAGCUCCACUUCUCGUCAAUAUGGAGGAACAGGCAUAGGUUUAAGUAUCAGCAGACGUCUGGUGGAACUUAUGAGUGGAAAAAUUGACUUUGUAAGCAAACCACACGUAGGAAGCACAUUCACAUUCACUGCUAUCUUUAAGAAAGGUCGUGCAUGCCGACCAGAUAUGUCUGAGGCCAUAACGAAUUUUUUUAAAGGCAUGAAAGCAUUAGUGGUUGAUGUAAAAGCUGUUCGGGCUGCAGUUACCAAGUAUCAUUUGCAAAGGCUUGGGGUGCAAGUUGAAAUAGCAACUGAACAUGAAUCAGCAAUUGUGACUGUAAAUGGAGGGCAAAAUGGUGAUGUCAGAUCCAGUGCAACAGGAAAUAUAAACAUCAUGCUUGUUGAUAAGGAAGCUUGGAGUACAGGAACAGGUCUCAUUAUCUCCAAGGUUUUGAAAGAAAUGAGGCAAAAUUAUAGAAUUUCAGAGUUCCCAAAGAUGAUACUUACAGCGACCUCAAUAAAUUCUGAAGAAUCCAAGGAGGUCAAGGCAGCUGGGUUUUUAGAGACAGUAAUCAUGAAACCCCUCAGAGCUAGUAUGGUUGCAGCAUGCCUUCAGCAAGCAUUAGGAGGUGAAGGAAAUAGAAAAGCACCGAUUCCUUCUUUGAAAGGUCUUCUUUCUGAUAAACAGAUUUUGGUAGUAGAUGAUAACAUGGUUAAUCGUAGAGUGGCCGAGGGUGCCCUGAAGAAAUAUGGAGCUAAAGUGGAAUGUGUUGCUAGUGGAAAGGCUGCAUUGGAAAAGCUUCAGCCACCUCAUAAUUUUGAUGCUUGCUUCAUGGAUGUUCAAAUGCCAGAAAUGGAUGGGUUUGAGGCAACAAAAAGGGUUCGAAAUCUAGAAUAUGCAUAUAAUAGUGAACCUUCCAGAGAAGAGCAUGGAAAUGCCAGGAAUUUUCAUGUACCAAUAUUGGCAAUGACUGCUGAUGUAAUCCAGGCAACACAUGAGAAAUGCUUAAGAUGUGGAAUGGAUGGCUACGUAUCAAAACCAUUUGAAGAGGAGCAACUCUAUAGGGCAGUGGCCCAAUUUUUCAAAUCUGAACACAAUAGUUUAGAUCUGAGACAAGGACUAUGACAAUUGAGCCAUAAUUCCAGGAUCUAUUGCACUUGUAACUGACUGAUCAAGCAUCGAGAACUGUGCAUGUUGAUUCAACGGUAUUACCUGGGCUGACAGAAAGUAUUCUGUAUCAGAAACUGCAAGCUUUACAAGUUUCUGAACAGUGCAUGCAUGUUCCUAGAUUCCCUCCUGGACAAUUGUGUACCGGUUUCUGGAUUGGAUUAUGACAUAAUAAACAAUGGUAAUUGGCUACUUCCACCAACACGUUCAGGCAACUUUGCAGGUGUAUAAUGUAUACUUAGAUGGUGAUUCAAUGCAUUCUUUGACGUGCAGCUGCACGUUCUCAUACAAAGGUGCUUCAUUUCUAUACAUAAGUUUCUUUGCCAUUUCAUGUACAAAAUCUGAUAUCAUCUAUCGUAAGCUGCAAUUAAUUAUUCUGAAUGAAGUGCUGUACCUUGAGAUUCUGCUCACUGUACAAGGAAUUGUAUCUUCCCAUGUAUCUCCUUUGAAAAGUUGUCUCAAAUUGAGACGCUUCAAAAGUUGACUACAACAUAACCUUAAAUUGAAUUUCUUGUUAAUAUAGAACAAAAGUCCCGAGCUUUAAUCC